CUUCGCUCCCCCGCGGCGGCCCAACCGGCCAUCCCAGACACCGCGGCGGGAGCUCCUCCCCUCCCCUCCCGGCGCUGCGAGCUGUGCGACCACAGCGCAAUCCAAUGCGAGACUAAGCCCUACCCUUCCUUCGAUCCAACCCGAUGCUCGCGUACUCGAGCACAUCGAAACCAUGGCCGCAGCGCCACCCGCCGUCCCCGAGCCAAGGCGCGGGCGCCGCCACCGCCGCCGCGCGCCUUGUAGCGCUGGCGGCCAGGAGCAAGCGGCGGGGCGCGGGCGCCGCGGCGGCGGAGGGGGUGGACGAGGCGGCUGAGGCGGCAGAGCUGGUGCGCUCGCUCCUGCGGAGGACGGGCGGCGGCAAGGAGCGGCUGGUCCCGGUACUGGACCGGCACGUUCGGGUGGUCCGCACCGAGCACUGCUUCCUCCUCUUCGAGGAGCUCGGCCGCCGCGACGCAUGGCUCCAGUGUCUCGAGGUUUUCAGAUGGAUGCAGAAACAAAGGUGGUAUGUUGCUGACAAUGGCAUCUACUCCAAGUUAAUAUCAGUAAUGGGAAGGAAAGGCCAGAUACGUAUGGCAAUGUGGCUAUUCUCUCAGAUGCGGAACAGUGGGUGCAAACCAGACACUUCUGUGUAUAACUCUCUUAUCGGUGCGCAUCUGCAUUCCCGAGAUAAGAGUAAGGCUUUGGCGAAAGCUCUUGGCUAUUUUGAGAAGAUGAAGUGUAUAGAGAGAUGCCAGCCAACGAUUGUGACAUACAACAUUCUUUUAAGAGCUUUUGCUCAGGCUGGUGAUACCAAGCAGGUAGACAUCUUGUUCAAGGAUCUGGAUGAAAGUAUAGUCUCUCCUGAUAUAUACACUUACAAUGGAGUGAUUGACGCAUAUGGGAAGAAUGGCAUGAUCAAAGAGAUGGAAUCUGUGUUGCUGCGGAUGAAAAGCAAGCAAUGCCGUCCAGAUGUGAUCACGUUCAAUAUACUCAUAGAUUCAUAUGGACGAAAGCAGACAUUCGAUAAAAUGGAGCAGGUGUUCAAGAGCUUACUGCGGUCAAAGGAGAGGCCCACCCACCCAACGUUUAAUUCCAUGAUAACAAAUUAUGGGAAAGCAAGGCUCAGGGAGAAAGCAGAAUCUGUGCUUGGGAAGAUGGAGGAAUUGGGAUUCAAACCAAACUAUGUGACGCAGGAAUGCCUCAUCAUGAUGUAUGCACAUUGUGAUUGUGUCUCAAGGGCCCGGCAGAUAUUUGAUGAGCUCGUCAACUCACAAAACAAAGUACACCUGUCUUCAUUGAAUGCGAUGCUUGAUGCCUAUUGCAUGAACUGCUUGCACACAGAAGCAGAUCGGCUGCUGGAUACUGCACUUCAGAAAGGUGUUGUGCCCAGUGGUUCCACAUACAAGCUGCUCUACAAGGCCUACACCAAGGUAAACGAUAAGGUACUUGUGCAGAAGUUGCUCGAGAGAAUGAAUAAGCAGGGGAUCGUUCCGAAUAAAAAGUUCUUCCUGGACGCUUUGGAAGCAUUUGGCACCUCUGAGAGGAAACCCAGGACAUCAUCAGCCGCAAACAAUGCAAGCAAGCCAAGUGCAAAUUCUGCAGGCAAUUCAGAAACAGCUGCUUCUAUCAAGCCAAAUUUAAGCGUUUGGCAAGUAGCUGCUACAUAGGCGGCCCGUUUGAAGAAGCUCGUCAAACUGCCUGACAUCAGAAAAGAACACAUUCGAUCUACACCAGAAACCGUUAAGUGUACUUUGAGCUAUAUGGGCAGUUGCUCAGAUGUUCCUCCUCUUUCCCUAUCGAUGAAUGCUUACACCUUUCAUGCUUCGGCAAAAUCUUGUACACUCAUUAUGUGGUUAUAUCAGCUUAGGAAUUUUUGCCUCGAGUUGGUCGUUGGACAUCACUAGAAUUCAUGUUGUCUGUAUUCUACUACUCUUCAUUUAUUACAGGUCUGUCAUUGCUGACA